GUGUGUUCCUGGACUCCGUUGUUCAAGGGAACUGUUAACUCGUGCUGCAUUUUUUGGACGAUCCGGUUUCGUAGUCCAUGUAUCCAAACUCUUUUUCCCUCUUCGAAGUUUUUUUGGAACCCUUCGAGCCCCGUGGAAGGAAUUCAAUCUUGCGAACGGAACCGCGGAUUUAUCGUGAUCCACAAGACCGCAACCCUCGUUAGCCGCGGAUUUAUCGUGAUCCAAAAUUUCGAACGAGACCAAUUCUCUUGAAAAUUUCAACCCCCAUCCGCGAAUCUCUCUCUUUCCAAAUCUCGCCCCACCCUCCAGCCCUUAACCCUUUGCGGUGAUUUGGUGCGCAGCUCCACCUGAGAGAUACGGGCUCGCCGCGAUGGAAUUCGAGUCAGCGGCGCGGCGGCGGCAGCGCAGACUCUCUUCGCCGUCGUUGAGGACCCACCUCACGCCGGCUUUUGACGCCGUGGCCGGUGGGGAGGGCGGCGUGUCUGGGUACUCUUCAUCGUCGUCUUCCAGCGGUCUCGAACUCGGGUUCGACGCCUCUCUCCUCCGCAACCGCCGCUCCGGUUUCGCCGCCCCCUCGGACCUGGACAGCCGUGUCCUCCUCUACUCCCCGCAGUCCGUGCCGCCGCAGAUGAGGGCGGCGUACCUGGCAGCGGAUGAUGGGGUCAGGGCACCUGGCGUCAACCACUACGGAUCCAAAUAUGAGGCUGCCCGGCUUACUGGCGCGCCAGGUUUUCAGGGUUCAGAAAACCACAUUUCUUUUGCCUCCCCGCCGCAGACAAGUAGCAAUAUUCCUACUACAGUUCUGGGCGCCUCCACCUCCACCAAGCUUCCUGCUGAACUCCAGUUGCCAGAGGGCAGCGUCGUAGCGACCAAUGCAGAGCUCAAGACGCCAGGACCAGAAGCUACGCCUUCAACUCUCAAGCCAUCUGCUAAUCCAGAACCACGCGUGGAUGGCGAUGACAUCACUGAUGCUCUCUACGGUGACCAUGGUCAUCGCAGGCUCCCUAUUUUCAGGGAGAUCUGUCCAGAUUGAGUGUCAGCCUCAGCAUUCUCAACGUCGCUGAUGGAUGCAUUUCGGCCCUAGCUGUAUAUUCUGUUUAUCUAUCUUGUACCCAGGGUCUUGGUAGCAAUUACUCUGGAGGGUCAUUUCUAGUUUCCUAAAGGAGAAUCUCUCUUCUCUUGAUCUAUUCAUAAUCGAGAAAGCUAUGAUAUAAUUUACUUGAUUAAGCCAGCAAUUGACCGUUUUGCUUGACGUUGGUUGUAGAUGAACCUUGUCAUAUAUAUGAAUUGAGCCUUGGUUUU